AUGCAUUCCCCCGUUCCUAGCAGUGACAAAGUCCUUGCAUAUCACACGUGCAAAACUCAGCUCGUCCUCGGCCAUCGACACGGACGUCUCAUCACAGAAGUAGCUUUCACGAAGGCUCUCUGUACUUCGUGGAACAAACUCUGCUGCGGCAGGGCUUACACGAUAUCUGGACCCUUUGGCCAAGACCCUGUUACUAAACAAGCCUCCAUCAAGCAUACGCCAAUGAGCCAAGUUGACAUUGGCCCUUGGGUAUACCCACACAGCCACCUCGCUGGCAAAGCUCGCCUCAGCGGGAUCGGCAAGAUCAAGUCCGUAAUCUUCGAAGAGGGGUCACGCCCUGGUAUGCCUUGGAAUGCAGUAAUCGUCGUAACCCACGACUUCUCUGAUCCUUUGACACCCCAGCAUCCCCCCAUUCCAUUCGACAUGAUAUACCACUUUGGUCAUUACACGCCACUCCCCUAUUAUUGGUCAGACUUGGCGCCUGGAGCUACUAUCUGGAUUGACGCCAGUCUCUUCGCCAAAGACGCGAAAACUUCAUCAUUCAUUGCCCAGAUCGAGAAUUACCAGUACCUGUCCACAUCGAAUACGCCAGCCUGA